AUGGCAAGCUUUCGAGUACCUGCGCUGCGUCAUGUUGUCUCCGGUGCAGCACCAUAUCUGCGGGCGUCGCAACGAAGAUGGGCGCAGGUGCAUGAUGUCCGGUUUCUAGCCACCCAGCAAUCGAAUCGAGUUUUAGAGAAAUAUAAGGAGAAGCUGGAUCAAAAGGCAAAGGAGGAAGGAUUGAGAGAUAUCCAUGAACUUAAGGAAGUCUACAAAGACAAGAUCGAGCACCAGAGGCAAAUGGCUUCUAUCAAAGUUCCCCUCCCUAAUGCGCUUCCUACCCCUCCACCAUCUCCGAAUGCAUCUUCUCCAUUCUCGCCUCCUCCCCCGCCCCCACAGAUACCCGUGGAGAAAGCAGCCUCAUCACCAGGCAUUAAGACCCUCUCUUCAUACCUCGACCUAGAAAAAACCCGAGCCCUGCCGCAGAAAGAAUUAGAGGCGAUUUGGCGCCUACGACACGUCGAUGAUAAGCAAUCACUCUGCGCUGUGAUACCUCUCGAUGUAUACAAAACUCUCGAAGCGACUGCAAAGAAGCACCCACAUUUUAUCUUGCCUCUGCCGAGAGAAGGACAAGGUGCUGAAAUACACUUCCUCCAAUGGACGUUUCCAGCAGAGAACACCGUCACUGUUUUGUUCACGCAUCUUGCGGAAUACAAGCUGCGUGGGGAAUUCAGCCAGCCGCAUACGACAAUUACGCAUCAUCUUGAGCUGGCACAAGACAAGGGUUUGGUAUUGGAGGGGGUGACUGUCGAUGAGGCGAAGUGGUUAAUUAUGUGUUUGCAAAAGUUCUAUGGGUUUGGCAAGGAGAACAACGAGAGGAAGAGAUUAUUGGAGAUGUUUGGGAAGGGUGAUCCGGCGUUUAGGGUGGAAGAUCUGGUUGAGGAGGCAGAGAAGAUUAUUUAA